UUUCUUCUUCCCGCAAUAUAUUUUUCCUUACCUCUCCUCCUUCUCCUUGGUGUUCUCUCUUUCUUGUAUUUUCUGUGGAGGAGAAACAAAAAGCAAUCUCUUGGGUUUUUGUUCUUUUAAAGAUUUGGUUUCGGUUCUCUCUUUGAAAGUUAUCAAGAACAGUAAAGGGGCUCUUGAUUGACUGAUGCAAGUUUAAGAUUUUCUAUUCUUUUUAGAGAAAGAAGGAAGUUUUCUUUUGAAAUGAAUUUGAUGUGUGAGGUUUUCUUUGCUGAAGAAGAAGUGAAGGUUGAAGAAGGAGAGUGGGAAAAGGAGAGAUAGUAUUUACCAAAGCCAAGGUAGCUAGCAGAAGUAGAGAGGCAGAUAGCUAUAAACAACAUACAAAAUAAAAUUUCAUCAAGGGGUUUUAGUUUGUUCUGCUUCUGCUGGGUAAUUGGCAAUGUCUACUACUAUAAUCAGUGACCCUGUGGUGGUCUCAGCACCAGAGACACAAGCAGCAGCUGCAGCUGCAGCUGCAGCAACGACAGCAACACAACUCAUUGCACAGAUAGAGGUUGAGUCAGUCAAAUGUGAUUGCUGUGGCCUAAUCGAAGAGUGCACACCAGCAUACAUUGAAAGAGUACGCGAAAGAUAUCAUGGAAAAUGGAUUUGUGGGUUAUGUGCGGAGGCUAUAAAAUAUGAAAUUGUAAGGACUGAGAGGCUUAUUAGCACUGAAGAAGCAAUGACAAAGCACAUGAACUUCUGCAAGAAGUUUGUUUCCUCAGGGCCACCUCCUGAUCCAACAACUCAUUUGAUAGCCGCCAUGAGACAAAUCCUGAGAAGAAGCUUGGAUUCUCCGAGAGGUUUAAGGUCAACCCCAAGUAGUCCUAACAAAACGAACGGAGCAAUUCGUGCCGCUGCACUUGCUAGGUCCGAAAGUUGCUUCCCUGCUCUGUCUGGUUGAUAUAUAAAACUGAGCAUCGUGGAAGACGGGGUGAUUCAUAAAAUGGUGAUGAAGCUAUUGGAAACAAAAAAGAGAGAAAAAAACAUAUUCCAUUUUCAUGCAAAUAAGAAAGAUCAAAGGAUUGAAGUUAGGUGCCUAAUCUAGCUACUUAUAUAGUUGUUAAAUACAGAACUUCCUGUCACAAGAAAAAUCACGGAACUCCCUUUUUUCCUGAAGCUUUAUAUUUCAGCUGUACGUACUUGUGUAAUCUGUCUUUUUUAAACCAUGGCUUCCUUCCUCUUUUUACCAAAUUAUAUUUCUCAAUUUCGAUA